AAUAAUCGUAUAUCAUUAUUUUAUUUUAUGGAGUCCGUGGUAAUGAAAAAAUAUUGGAAAUUAUAAAUAGUGAAACUCGUUAUUCAUUGAAGUGAAAAAUCGACGAAAUUCAACAGAGUACAGUGAUUUGUCAAUAGUAAAAUGUAGUUCAACUGCGAGGCUGAUGCAGGUAUUCUGUCGAUAGAAUGGAAUCAAAGGAGGCCACGAUAUUUCAAUAAUUGCAGAUACACGAUACAGGAGGAAAAUAAAAGCGAUAUGUCGAUUCCGAAAUCAGGAAAUUUCGUGACAGUGGUAGCUGUGGGAACCAACGAUCAAGAUCUGAAUGAAGAGAACAUAAAUUUUGAUUCGAAUAGCCCAGGGUAUGUAACAGUUUUGACCAUUGGUGAUACUGAAAAUAAUAAAGUCCUAAAAGAUGUAACCGAAGAAGUCAUAGUGUACAGGUUGCCAGGGGAGAGGCUAGGAUUUGGCCUCAAGUUUGAGGGAGGAACUAAGGCAAGUGAGUUUGUUAAGCGUUUAUUCAUACAAUCAUGUGCGGCAGAUAGUCCAGCGUCGCGUGUGAAAAGUUCAUGGGGUAAAUUAGCCGAAGGAGAUGAAAUUUUGGAAAUCGAUUCCAUUCCAGUCAACACUAUGACGAGAAUUGAUUGUGUCAGGUGCCUUAAAGACUCGAACGUAGCUAUUAAAUUAUUAGUGCGACACAUUUAUGACCAAACUUCAAGAAAUAGAUCAUCAGAAGAAACUCCACCUCUAAACGCUAGUGCCGACGAAAGAAGAACACCGCCUCCUCCCCCUCCUGUUCCACCCAGAAAAAUUCCUAGAAAGUUAAUGAAAAAUGUUAAUGCCAGUGUACCCAGAGAACAUUCUGAAAAUGCCGUUGAAAAUGGUGUAGCAUCUACGCGACAAGCAGAACCCCAUAAAUCGAAGAAACUACAGUCACCUAGAAAUAGUGUUGGCCCGUAUAGCUCCCCUGAUGUGUCCCGUAGGGAUAGAAGAUUUUCUGAUGGUAGUUUAGGACCCCCAGAUGCUGAAGUAUACGUUGAUCUCUUUCUGCAAGAAUCAACGCAGAGUUUGAGUGAGUCUGAUGAUACAGGUAGUACUAUUUCAACGGUGAUAGACAGAUUUGGUUCUUUUCCCGCCACCACAACGUCUAGUUUUUCUGGCAGCCUACCCUCAACACCUACCUCCAUCCAAAGGAAGCUAGAUAUCUCUAACAUCAACAUAUACGACGAUGACGAAUACCUUAUUCAAACUAAAAAUUUCAGUAAACCCUCAGUACCUCCUAGAGAAGAAAAUAAUAACAUAAUCUUAGAUGAAGUCAAUCCCUUAUGCUUUCAAGAUGCACCUUUGAGCUAUGGAAAUGAAAAUACAAAAAUUAUCGUCCCUGAAGACGAUGACUUAAAGGAAAAUCCAAUUUUGAGAGAAGACAGUAAAAUGUUCAUGAAAAAACCACCAGUGCCUCCACGAUCACGGGACACUACUCUGUCUUCAGAAAAAUGCGAUGAAAAACGAAAUAAUGAAAAUUUACCAAGGCUCGUUGAUUUUGUGCCAAAAUCGUGCAAUGCAAUGAAAGACAAUACUGAAAGUUCCGCUGAAUUAAUGAAGCUAUUUUUGGAAAAUGAGAGAUAUAGACCAGAUUUUCCUGAUUAUGACACCCACGAAACUGAUAACUUGGAUGCGUAUACGAAUGCUAUUGAUUUAUAUAGUUCUAAAUGGAGUUUAUCAUCACAAUUGGCCACAAUAGGUGAAGUUGAGGAAGAAGGAAGUUCAGAUUUCAGUUGUAACAGGCCAGUUGGUAGUUCACCGCCAGUAGUUAUCGUGGAAAAUACCGAUUCAAACGAAGAAAGCAAUAAGGUGUCGCCGAAAAGCGGUGUUGUGGAUAAGGAAGAGUUGAGUUCGACACCACUGAUUUUAUUCAUCGUUAUCUGGUUGAUGUUCACGCAUCCACUUCAUUAUAUCCAUGUCUUUCAAUUAUAUAGUUGAAAAUAUCUUAUUGGGAAUUCAAUUAUGUAUUGUUGUUCAGGAAAA